AUGAAUUCCAAAUGGAUAUUUUUCCUACUAACCAUUUCAACAAUGUUAGUAAUAGGAAAAACACAAUCAAUAUCAUCAGAGGAACCUUUGGUGAAAAUAGUAAAGGGAAAGAAACUAUGUGACAAAGGGUGGGAAUGUAAAGGUUGGUCUGUGUAUUGUUGCAAUGAGACUAUCUCUGAUUAUCUUCAAACGUAUCAGUUUGAGAAUUUGUUCUCAAAGAGGAAUGAUCCAACGGCGCAUGCGGUUGGAUUUUGGGAUUAUCGUUCUUUUAUUACUGCUGCUGCACUUUAUCAGCCUCUUGGAUUUGGUACUUCUGGUGGAAAACAUGGUGGACAGAAAGAAGUUGCUGCUUUUCUUGGUCAUGUUGGAAGCAAGACCUCUUGUGGUUAUGGUGUAGCUACAGGAGGGCCCUUAGCAUGGGGCUUAUGCUAUAAUAAGGAGUUGAGUCCUGAUCAAUUUUAUUGUGAUGACUACUACAAAUUAACCUAUCCAUGUAGUCCUGGCGCAGCAUACUAUGGCCGCGGUGCCAUACCAAUUUACUGGAAUUACAACUAUGGGAAAUUGGAGAAGCCUUAA